AGAGAUGCCCCAUUACCACUUAUAUAUUUGGUGAGUAGCAUACAGCAAUUUUUUUUUUUAAAAAAUAAAUCUUCUCGAAUAAAUAUGUUUGACCACAUCAACAUCCACCUUAAAUUUCACCCCAAAAAUUAAUGGAUUAAAUUAAAAAGAAUAAAUAAAUAAAUAAAUAGUGAAGGGAGUCCGACUCCCUACUCCUUAGGUCCAAAAUCUAGCUUAAAAGUGCGUUUAACGUCAACUGAAUAAAAACAUUUGGUGGAAAAACAAAAACAAAAAAAGAAAAAAUUGGUAGGAGGAAUUUUCAAUAUAUACAUAUCGGAAAGCUAAUUGUUCGUGGCGGAGGAUACGGCGGAGUUGGUGGUGGUGCUACUGGUGGUCGCCGGAUUUUCGCCGGAAAAUAUGGCCGGAAUUUGCCGUAUUUGAUCUGAUCUGAUCUUGCCCAUUUUUGUUGAGAUUUUCUCAUCAAAAUAUUGGCUUUUUUGGAAAGGCUAGUUGAUGUGAUCAAUAGUAAUGUCGUUCAAGUGCAUUGUCCGCGAGCUGAAGGAAAUGAAAGAUGGGAUAGGGAGUAUAUCAAGGAGAGGAGAAGUGGAAGGAAGGCAUUGGAGAAAUAGAACCCGAACACAUAUAGCUCCUGAUGUGGUCCCUUUUGAUCCCGAUCAACAAGGCCAAUGGGCAAAUAUACCACCAGAACUGCUUUUGGAUAUUGUCCGCAGGGUUGAAGAGAGUGAGACAUCAUUUCCUGCUCGGACAUCGGUAGUCUUUUGUGCAUCUGUUUGCAAGUCAUGGAGGGAAGUUACGAAAGAGAUUGUCAAGACUCCUGAAGAAUGUGGUAGGCUUACAUUCCCCAUUUCACUUAAGCAGCCGGGUCCCCGUGAAUCUCCAAUUCAUUGCUUUAUUAAACGGGACAGAGCAAAUUCAGUUUAUCGCCUCUACUUUGGUUUGACUCCAUCUGAGGAUGAGAGUGAUAAACUAUUGCUGGCUGCCAAAAGGAUCAGAAGGGCAACAAGCACAGACUUUGUAAUUUCAUUGGUGUCGGAUGAUUUUUCUCGAGCUAGCAGUACAUAUGUUGGAAAACUGCGAUCUAACUUUAUUGGAACCAAGUUCACCAUAUAUGAUAGCCAACCUCCAAGUGAUGCAGCAAUUCAACAUUGUGGUAGACUUAGUCGACGAUUCAGUGCAAAACAAGUAUCCCCGACAGUAUCUGCGUGCAACUACAGUAUAGCCACCGUUUCCUAUGAACUCAACGUUCUCCGUACAAGAGGACCUAGGAGAAUGCAUUGCGCCAUGCAUUCCAUUCCUUUCUCCUCUAUCCAAGAGGGAGGCAGUGCUCCAACGCCCACAUCAUUCCCACAUUCUGAUGAGAGGCCAUCUCCCCUACUAGUCUCAAAAGCACAGGAGCCAGCUGUAAAUAUCAGCUCAACAGUGUCAGUGCCUUCUCGAGAGCCACUUGUGCUAAAAAACAAAGCCCCUCGAUGGCAUGAACAGUUGCAGUGCUGGUGCCUAAACUUUAAAGGACGCGUCACAGUGGCUUCUGUCAAAAACUUUCAGCUUGUUGCAGCCGUUGAUCCAUCUCAAAAUAUACCAGCUGCAGUACAAGAAACAACAAUUUUGCAAUUUGGUAAAAUCGGAAAGGAUAUCUUCACCAUGGAUUACUGCUAUCCUCUCUCGGCGUUCCAAGCCUUUGCAAUUUGCUUGAGCAGUUUCGACACGAAACCAGCCUGUGAAUGAUUUCAUGCAACAAAUUGUAUGUAUAUCUUGAUAUGUUUUGUUUUUAGUUGCUGCAUAAUGUUAUGAAUUGAUAUUUAUUCUCUCUGAUAAGUUGUUCUAAAAUGCAAGGCAAUAUUUAUUGUUGAGAAUAUCAUUAUGUGCAGUAUGUAAACUAACAGUAGCUGCUAAGAUAGAAGCAGCAUCUGUUGUGAGUCCUAUGUUCUAAUACUUCUGCUGGAAGGUAAAUCUAGGGGACCUGUUUUUUCGGAAUAAUUUCACUUUAUUUGAAAAGCAAGUGUUCGGCUAUGAAAAUUUCACUAUGAAAAAGCAAGUGUUCGGCCGA